GGCAUUUCAAAUGUCAUCGAGAAGGCAGAGACUUCCCUUGGAAUCCCUAGUCCCAGUGAAAUUUCAACUGAAGUCAAGUAUGUAGCAGGAGAGACAAAUGCCAAAGAGAAUGAAAACUCCUCCCCAGUGGCUGGGGCAUUUGGUGUAUUCUCGACCAUCUCUACUGCUGUUCAGAGCACAGGAAAGAGUGUUAUAGUGGGGGGUUGGAUGCCUUAGAAUUCAUUGGAAAAAAGACAAUGGAUGUGAUAGCAGAAGGGGAUCCUGGAUUUAAAAGAACCAAGGGUCUGAUGAACCGAAAUGCUACACUAUCCCAGGUUUUACGAGAGGCGAAGGAGAAAGAAGAGAUACGGGCCUCCAAUGAGGUUACCGUGGAAACAGACAAGAAAACUCAUUAUGGGCUACUCUUUGAUGAAUUUCAAGGCCUUUCACAUCUAGAAGCUCUGGAGAUGCUUUCCCGAGAAAGUGAAAUAAAGGUGAAAUCUAUCCUUAAUUCUCUGAGUGGAGAAGAAUUAGAGACUCUAAAAGUUGAAUUAGAGCAACUCAAAGAAGCAUUUUCUCUAGCAGAAUUUUGUGAAGAAGAGGAAGAAGAGAAAAAAGGGGAUGAAGAUUUUACCAAGGACAUAACAGAGCUGUUUUCCCAGCUGCACGUUUCCUCCAAACCAGAGAAACUUGCCAGGGCAAGAAACACCGCCCACGAAUGGAUCAGGAAGUCUCUGACCAAGCCAUUAGCAGAGAAUGAAGAAGGAGAAAAACAGUCGGAAGCAGAAAAUACUGAGCAAGUCAACAAAAAUUCAAUAGAGGAUAUCCAUGCGUUUGCAAUCCGGAGCCUGGCUGAACUGACUGCCGGCUCAAUUGAACUAUUCCACAAAACAGCUGCAUUGGUUCUGCAUGGCAGGAAGCAGGAAGUGACAGCCAUAGAAAGGAGCCAAACUCUUUCCCAGAUGACAAUUGUGUUGUGUAAAGAGUUGUCCUCUCUGUCUAAAGAGUUCACCACCUGCCUAACAACUGCUGGGGUCAAAGAAAUGGCAGAUGUCCUUAACCCAUUAAUCACUGCAGUAUUUCUAGAGGCAUCAAACAGUGCCUCCUACAUCCAGGACGCCUUUCAGCUACUCUUACCUGUGCUAGAGAUCUCUCUCAUUGAGAACAAGAUUGAAUCACACAGGCAUGAGCUGCAGGGCCAGAAACCUUUGUUAGAACAUUGAAGAAUGGAGACGUUUUGACCUGGGACUUGUGACGGCCAAGGAAUGCCACCUUAUUCUGGCUACUCCUGCAGAAAUGAAGGAGUGGGGUUAUUUUAGUAUAUAAAAAUUCAGGCAGGAGAGAUGGUUUAAAGAGGAAGAUUGUUGCCUUCAGUGUUUGAUUGAAGUAUUCAGGUCCUCACAGUAUUCUUUCCAGUUGUUGUAAUUCAUAAAUUAUUUGAAAAGAAACUUUUGUAGAAAGUCCAAGAAUAAUAACUCUAGAUAAAGAUUAGUGGGACACUCAGGCAAAAAUGUUGGUCUUUCUUUGACAUGUUGCAAAAUGUUAUCAAUUUUGUCAUGGAUAUAAUUUGCAGCCCAUGGAUAUAACUGGUUGAUAAGCCAGAGAAAAAUAAUUUAGUGUUCUAAAAUUCAUGGCAUGUGUGGUUUAUUAAUGCCAUGUACUUUCUCCUUUCUGGAAUAAAAUCUAUGGCUUUAAGAAAACUGAAAAAAAAAAGUAAAAAAAAAAGAA